AUGUCGAGUCAAGUCACCCUCCAUUGCGUCCGCCACGCUCAAGGUUAUCACAACCUUGGAGCUGAAUUCUUCAACUUGAGGGACCCCGCUCUGACGCCCCUUGGCGAGGAGCAGUGCGCCAAGCUCCGACACGAUCAGUUCCGGGAUCAAUCCAAGAUAAGGCUUGUCGCAUCUUCUCCUCUGGUCCGAGCCAUCCACACAGCAUGUAUCGUCUUUCAACCUACCCUUGAGACGCAAAUUCUUCUAGCCAUUCCAGAGGCUCAAGAAAUUUUCGACUAUGGGAGUGAUAUUGGAAAGGAGCCCGAGUUUCUGAAGGAGACGACGGAUAAGCAUGGGUGGCCUGUGGAUCUCAGCCUGGUUGGUCGGGGUUGGAACAACAAAGAUCUCGACGGACCAAACAGUCCCGUCAGUCCAGCCUGUGCAGCCCGCGCCCGCAUAGUUCGAAGGAUACUCCGAGAAAAAGCCAAAGAACUGAGCAAAGACACGGACGAAGAAAUUCACAUCGCCCUUGUAGCCCACGGAAGCUUCCUGCACUACCUAACCAACGAGUGGGAGAACAGCACACGCGGCUGCGGCACUGCGUGGCGAAAUUGCGAGGCGAGAGCCUACAAUUUCAAGGAUUUUGAAGAUGAUGGUGCUUGGCUCGUUGAGACUGCUGAGAGUAGGGAGAGGAGAGGUGUUGAAGGACCUCCUGCGUCGUUGGAGAGGCAGAAGGAUUUGUAUGAGAAGACUAUGGAUGGGUGGGUUGGGCAGGGGCUGCCGGAUUUGAGAUCUGUUGCUACUGCUUCGGCUAAGGAGCCUCAACCGAAGCUGUGAUGGGCGUGGGCUGGAUGCCGCAUGUUAACAGACUUGCAGAAACAGAUGGACGCUGUUGUGGGAAUUAGAGGGUAAAAAGGGAUGCAUAGCUUGACUUCCAAGGUUGCAUAUGUCUACAACCAGCCAUGAGAUAUAGAAUGGGUUGAUAGAUUUCCGAUAGAAGCACUUGACAUCAACCGGCUUGGCCUGCUCGAGGUCGCGAUGUCCACGUAGUCUUUCGUUGGGAACAUUGGGCGAGAUGAAUGCUUAAAUACGGUUUGGCGC